GAAAAGGAAGAAAUGAGACUACAUUUCUUCGAAAAAUUUGGCUUUCCGGGAGUAAUAGGAUGCGUUGAUGGAACGCACAUUGCCAUCAAAUCUCCUGCAUUGGAACUGAGACACUUAUUUUACAAUAGAAAAGGAUUCCACAGUUUGAACGUUAUGAUAAUCUGUGACCAUAAAAUGAGAAUAAGGUUUGUGGAUGCCACUCACCCUGGUGCAACGCAUGAUGCCUUAGCUUGGAAGGUAUCUGCAGCGCGCUCACAUCUACUGCAACAAUAUACCGGAACAGAACUAAGAAACAACUGGCUCUUAGGUGACGCAGGGUAUCCACUAGAACCUUGGUUAAUGACACCAUUCCGAUCUCCGGUUCCAGGAAGCAUUGAAAGCAAGUAUAAUAUUCAGCUUUCCAAGGCACGAAACAUCAACGAACGGACAAUUGGCUUGCUGAAAAAUAGAUUCAGAUGCUGUCUUAAGGCCAGACAGUUGCAUUAUUCUGCAGAGAAAGCUGCUCAAAUCGUAAAUGUCUGCGCAGCCUUGCACAACAUUUGCAUUUUUUUUAAAGUUCAAGAUUGCGAAAAUAUUGAUGUUGAAGAUCGCAACGAAAGCCUUUUAAUGGAUUUUGAUGCUGAUGAGAAUGAGAAUACACAUUUAAACGAAGCUCAAAACGCUCGUGACAGAAUCGCUGCAUUGUUUUAAUCAAUUAUCCAGCAUUUUUGUAACAGACAAUUUUAAAUUUAUUUUAAGUUUUUAUUUAAUUUAAAAAACAAACAAAAAAAAACAUUACUAAAACAAAACAUUCUUUCAUAAAACAAUAAAUUAAAUUAAAUCACUAAUAACAGCCAUUGUAGGUACUUCUUCAUUUUGUGUGAUUUUCAAAAAAAAAAACUAUGCAUCGACGAGUUUUUCGGUGAGUUUUUCAAGUUCCAUCUCUAUGAGUUUUUUCUUCAAC